GCAUGGUAUGUUCUUUUUGUUUAAUUUUAAAUAUGUGAUUUUGUUGAUUUGUGUCAACUACUACUGCAGAGAGACCAAUGAGUACAGGAGACAGGCCAAAAAUGCAUGAUCAAACCGGUUGCUUUGAUCCCAACACAACGGGAGAAAGUGUACCCUCUCUGAAGGAUAACUUUCCUCAAACUCUACCUCCUUCAUCACCUAUGGUUGUUGUAGGAAACACCACCACAAACAGCAUCAAUAAUAGCCUUGAAGAGAAUCUCAGGCUUUCUGUGGAGGAGCUCUCCUGUAACCAUCACAAUCCACAACACCAACAAGAUCAUGUCUCCACUUAUGCAAGUGGAGUAACUGCCACAUCUAUUGAAAUCCCACUUCCACAGCAUCUUGGUUUGAACAUGGGAAACUCCUACAUCAACAACAACAACAACAUGGAUAAUCAUUUGGUGCAAGAGGUCAUUGAUGCAUUUCCCUAUCAGCAGUCCACUUGGGACCCUACUAUUGUUCAGGAAUUACAAGACAUGGCCUAUGCUAAUCACACAGAACAAACACAACAGCAACAACAAAAUGAACAACAAUUUCAGCAAUUUGAGACUCAAAACUGCAGCCAAAGCUACAACAACCCCUCUUCCAUACUAGACCCUCCUUACCCUUCACCAGAUCUCCUAAACCUUCUCCACAUGCCAAGAUGCUCAGCCUCAUCUUUGCUCACCAAUCCCUCCAUUUGCCUCACAAACCCAACUCAGAACACACCAAACUUUCAGAAUCCAAUGGCCUUUCUUGGAGAUCUUCCCAUAGGAUCAGAAAACACAAGUGCAUCCUCAGUUUUGUAUGAUCCUCUAUUCCAUCUGAACCUUCCUCCUCAGCCUCCAGCACUCAGAGAGCUGUUUCAGUCUCUCCCCCGCGGCUAUAGCUUGCCAACAAACUCGAGGAAUGGCUCACUCUUUGGUGGAGGGGAUGAGAUGGAGGGUGAUGGAAGCCAGCUUGACAUGGGAGUGCUGGAAUUCAACAGGGUCACACUCACACCUUCUGUUGGCAAAGGAAGGAGAGGCAAAGCUACCAAACAUUUUGCAACUGAGAAACAAAGAAGAGAGCAACUCAAUGGAAAAUACAAAAUCUUGAGGAAUCUCAUCCCAAGCCCCACCAAGACUGAUAGAGCAUCUGUGGUGGGGGAUGCCAUUGACUAUAUAAGGGAGCUGAUUAGAACAGUCAAUGAGCUCAAACUACUGGUGGAGAAGAAAAGAUAUGCGAAGGACAGGUGCAAGAGGCCCAAAACAGAGGAAGAUGCUGCUGAGAGCUGCAACAUUAAGCCUUUUGGUGAUCCAGAUGGGGGCAUAAGGACCUCAUGGCUCCAGAGGAAAUCCAAAGACAGCGAGGUUGAUGUCCGUAUCAUCGACGACGAUGUCACAAUCAAACUCUUCCAGAGGAAGAAGAUCAACUGCCUGCUGUUUGUCUCCAAGGUUCUGGAUGAACUUCAGCUGGAGCUUCACCAUGUUGCAGGUGGACAUGUUGGUGAAUAUUGCAGUUUCUUGUUCAAUAGCAAGAUAAUGGAAGGUUCUUCAGUCUAUGCAAGUGCCAUAGCCAACAGGGUGAUUGAUGUUCUGGACAGUCAGUACGCAGCAGCAGUUCCACAUACAAACAGCUAUUAGAGAAGGGGAGGAUAGUGUCAAGAUCAGCCACCAAAGAAAGGUCUCUGUUAAUUGAUUUGACAUGUUUGAAAACAGUAACUUAUAGUAAUAAUGGUUAUAGACUUAUAGUGAUAGUAUUAACUAAUAACUUCAUGGAGACACUCAAGAAAUAGGGAAAGUUCUGCAGUUUUAGACUUUCUGGUUCAUGAUAUAGUUUCUUCAAUUAUGAUACAAAGUUACUGUUAAACUUUUUUUUUUUUUGAGGAGGAUUAAUAUACAACAAAGUAUUUUGGGUUAGUGCUAUCAGCAAAAGGGUUCUCUUUUUUUCGUACAUUUUGGCUUGGUAUUUUAUUUUAUCUCUGGUAUUCUUUGGCUUGCUAUUUUAAUUUAACAGUCAUUGUACC